ACGCGAGGAGGAACGAGCGAGAGAGCGGGUGCGGCCGGGAGCCCGCAGACCUGGCGCUCGCCGCCGCCUGGAGCCCCGCAAUAUGCCGCCGCAGCCCUCUGGCUCUUGGCCAUGGCGAGGCUCUGCCGGCCGGUCCCCUGCACUCUGCUCCUUGGCCUGGCCGCGGUGCUGCUGAAGGCGCGGCUGGUCCCCGCGGCCGCCAGAGCCGAGCUCAGCCGCUCGGACCUCAGCCUCAUCCAGCAGCAGCAGCAGCAGCAGCAGCAGCAGCAGCAGAGGGAGAAGGCUGAGGAGGAGAGGCCAGAGGUGCCUGAGGCAUCCUCCACCUCGCCUGUUCCAGUAUCUGUAUUUAUGCUGAAGGUCCAGGUGAAUGACAUCAUCAGUCGUCAGUACCUGAGUCAAGCAAUUGUAGAAGUUUUUGUAAACUAUACGAAGACAAAUUCCACAGUAACUAAAAAAAAUGGAGCAGUGCUGAUAAAAGUACCCUAUAAGCUAGGGCUCAGCUUAACUAUUAUUGCAUACAAAGAUGGCUAUGUGUUGACACCACUGCCUUGGAAGACCAGAAGAAUGCCAAUAUACUCAUCGGUUACGCUUUCGUUGUUCCCGCAAAGCCAAGCAAAUAUAUGGCUAUUUGAAGACACUGUUUUAAUUACUGGAAAGUUAGCUGAUGCCAAAUCUCAACCAAGUGUUCAGUUUUCAAAGGCCUUAAUUCAACUGCCUGACAACCAUCAUAUUAACAACGUUACUGGCUAUCUUACAGUCCUACAGCAAUUUUUGAAAGUGGACAAUUUUCUGUAUACAACUGGAAUUACUCUCAAUAAAUCAGGUUUUGAGAGCACUGAAUUGACACCUCUUGCUGCAAUAUGUGUGAAAAUAUAUUCUGGAGGAAAAGAGUUAAAGGUGGAUGGCUCUAUUCAAGUUUCCCUCCCCCUUCUACAUGCAGAUGAUAUAAAUGUGGGGGAUCAUAUACUGGCCUGGAGAUUUGAUAUGAGCAUGGGUGCUUGGAUAAAUCAUGGCCAGGGCAUAGUUAAGAAAUAUAACAAUCAUUUAAUUUGGACAUAUGAUGCACCACAUUUAGGCUACUGGAUAGCUGCUCCACUUCCAGGAACUAGAGGUUUAGGUAUAAAUGAAGAUUCCAAGGACAUUACUGCCUACCACACAGUGUUUCUUACAGCCAUAUUAGGAGGAACUGUUGUCAUUGUCAUUGGAUUUUUUGCUGUACUUCUUUGUUAUUGCAGGGAUAAGUGUGGUACUUCACAGAAAAGAGAAAGAAACGUCACUAAACUUGAGAUCCUGAAGAGAGACCAAACAACUUCAACAACACAUAUAAAUCACAUUAGUUCAGUCAAAGUUGCGUUAAAAGCUGAGGACCGGUCACAGUUAUUCAGUGCCAAAAACUCUUCAUACAGCCCUCAAAAGGAUCCACCAAGGGCAGAAGCAGAAGAAAGAGUAUCCAUGGUAAAAACUCGGGACAAUUUUAAAAUCUAUAACGAAGAUGUUUCGUUUCUGUCUGUCAAUCAAAAUAAUUACUCAAGAAACCCAACACAGUCUUUGGAGCCCAAUAUAGGAUCCAAGCAACCUAAACAUAUUAACAACAGUCUAUCUCCAUCUCUAGGUGAUGCUCAAGAGGAAAAGAGGUAUUUCACAGGUAAUGAAGAGGUGUAUGGACGUUCCCACAUUCCUGAACAGCUUAUGCAUAUCUACAGUCAGCCCAUUGCCAUCCUUCAAACAUCUGACGUUUUCUCUACUCCCGAGCAGAUGCAUACUGCCAAGUCAGCAACUUUGCCAAGAAAGGGACAGAUAGUCUAUGGCCAGUUGAUGGAACCAGUAAACAGAGAGAACUUUACACAGACAUUACCAAAAAUGCCAAUGCAUUCUCACGCACAGCCCCCAGAUGCCAGGGAAGAGAAUACUGCACUCGAAGGUCAGCAGAGCUUGCCAUCCCAAACGUCAGAUUGGAGCCGGUAUUCUAACAGCUUACUAGAAUCUGUCUCAGUUCCUGGAACCCUAAAUGAAGCUGUUGUAAUGACUCCAUUUUCAUCAGAGCUUCAAGGCAUUUCAGAACAGACCCUCCUGGAGCUGUCCAAAGGAAAGCCUUCCCCCCAUCCCAGAGCCUGGUUUGUGUCUCUUGAUGGAAAGCCAGUUGCCCAAGUGAGGCAUUCGUUUAUAGACCUGAAAAAGGGCAAGAGAGCCCAGAGCAAUGACACAAGUCUAGACUCUGGAGUGGAUAUGAAUGAGCAUCACUCAAGUAGAAAGCUUGAGAGGGAGAAAACGUUCAUCAAAAGCAUGCAUCAACCUAAGAUCCUUUACUUAGAAGAUUUAGACCUGAGCAGUAGUGAGAGUGGAACCACUGUCUGCUCCCCCGAGGACCCCACUUUAAGGCAUAUACUAGAUGGAGGGAGUGGAGCUAUCAUGGAACACCCUAUAGAAGAGUCCCCAGGAAGAAGAAGCACCGUUGAAGAUUUUGAAGCCAGUACAUCCCCGACUAAAAAAAGGGGCAGACCACCACUAGCCAAAAGAGAUAGCAAGACUAACAUUUGGAAGAAGCGAGAGGAGCGCCCACUAAUUCCCAUAAACUAACACCAAGGAUGGUUGUGUCUCUGGUAUCUCUGUGCUGUUUAUUCUUGCUUCUUCUUGUAAAUCGCAGUAUGGACUUCUUAGGAAGUUGAGACUGAUCAAUCUUAUGGCCCCUGGACGUGAUCAAGCAGAGCAAAAAAACAGUAAAAUGGUAAUUACAGUAAUCAGAAGGAUACUGAGGAAUUCUUUUCAUUUAUUUUUGGGUGAUAAAUUUGAACAAAUUUUCAAAAUGUAAAAUAGCUCAAGAUGUUAGUUAUCUGAAAAUGUUGCUCAGUGGGCCAGUUUGGCCCUGACUCUCUUAAGAAUAACAUAGUAAAACGUGUGCUUUUAAAGUUGCUUCCAAAAAUGUUGCUCCUGCCUUGACGACUACCCCUGUGAAGCGUUUAAAAGUGAAACCUGUCUUCUUCAGGCAUCAUAUUCUUGUGAAAUGUUGUUCUCUGCCUGUACUUGAAAAUAACUUGAUAAAUGUUCUGGACUGAUUUCAUUCUAGAAUUUAAAGGCCAAACAGCAUUUUCUUUUUUGUGAUAAAAAGCAUGUGUAUUUCAUCAUCCAAAAAAGUAAGUCUCACACUCAGUUCAUAGAAGACAGGCAAGAAACUACUUGGUAGUUAAGAGAGGAAUGCCAGCUCUUUGGUUGUUUUUUGGGUGUAACUUCACAGAAUAAGUGAUAAAGUGUUAAUUUGUCGUUUAGAAAUCUGAAAAAUUAAUCCUCUGGUAUUCAAUUUUUAUUUUAGAUUUUUCUUUUGCCCCUGAAAAAUGAAGUGAGCUCAGCGACGUCAAGGAAAACUUUUUACCAGUCUGGGGGGAGGGAGAGAAUGACUUUAAGGCUGACUGAUAACUUGUAUGCUAAAGAUCAGUUUCAAGAUUAUUUCUUAUAUUCGAAAAACCCAAAAUCAACCGUUUAACGGCUAUCACGCUUGAUUUAAAAAGUCGGUUAGGUUUGUGAAUACAAAAAAUUUAAUAAAAUAUGUAGAGUUAAAAGAAAUAAACAUUUCACUUUUUUUUUUUCUGGAAUGUUGAUGAGAAGAAAAAGAUAAUGCCAUUUUCCUGAGGCUCAAAAAUGCCUUCAGGUUAUUAUAUAUUCAGAUGUUACUUUUUUUCUGUUGACAUUCAUAAAAGACGUUUGAGGAAAACAGUUUUGAUUUCAUGGGAAAAGCAGAUGUUUUUCCUUAAAUCAUUUACAGCCUUUGCAACUUUUUUGUUUUUAGUUUUGGAAGUAAUAUAUCCGUUUUAUUUUCAUCAUUGCUAAGACUUUAGAGUGAGCACAUUCAACAGCUGUUUUUUUAUGUUAAUUAUCUUUUCCUAAAAAUAAAGCCUGUUUGUUAAAUAAUGUCAAUUGAUUCUAUUUUUAAAAAAAUUUUCAUGAAAGCAAAAUGUGUGAAGCAGCAUCCCCUUUCCUCAGGGGAACAAUAAAACGAAAUUGCUUUGUUUCUCGUCUCCUACGAUUCAACGUGGGAGCUGAAAGAACCAAAAUAGUCACAUUAGCUUUAGUAAAAUUGUAGGUAGAUAACACAAUGAAAGACAACAGCUUUUUUUCCCAAGACAGUAGACUUCAGCCAGUUUUUUCCUGUAACCACUUCUGAAACAUCUAACCUGUCAGAUAACACUUCUACUUUUCUGUAUUAACCCAAAGAACUUAAAGACCUAGGCACAAGUUUGCUGUAUGUUACUCUCCUCCAGAGAAGAGAUAAAUGUUUUGGAUAGUACUUAGUCUUUUUUUUUUUUUUUUGAGUAAUGAUAAGACCCACAAUUACAGGAGGCUUCUUAUUGGUCUUAUACAGAAAGAUACAUUAAAAGCAGCAUAAAUAAAAAUGAUUUGGAAAAGGUUGAAUUAUUGCUCUGCUGAAGUGCCUUUGAUAUAGACCUGCUUUAUUAGGAGGAUAUAAUGACAUUUUUCUAAGUAUGCAUUUUCUUUGUUAGCCAAAUUAAACAGAUGUGCAGUUUUUAUUAAUUUGAAAGGUAUAGAUCUAGUGUUUCAUGUUGGAACAAUGAAUCUUGCAUGUAAGUAACAUCUCGUGUGUGUUUAAUCUUUUUUUUAAUCCAAUAUAUAUUGAUAAAUUAUGUUGGAGUGAAGUUAGAAAAUAUACAGUAAAAUGUUGCACCUCAGUUAUUCAUGUAUUUUUUCCACAUUUAGAUAGAAAUGUUUCCUCUCUCAGCUUGGUAAUGGAAUAUACAUACUGACAUAAAGGUAUACCAUUCAAGUAUGCCACUUAUUUAAUUGAUCUUAUGUAAGGAAAAUGAGCAGACGUAUCCCAAGGGCUUUUCUAGAAAUAUUUGUUUGAUUUCGGAAUAAAACCUUAUUUUUAUACACUACACAUUCUGUUCUCAAUUGGGAAUUAUAGACAAUUUAUCCUUUCUAAUAAUCAGAAGUGUGAAACUUCUUAUUUCCAAGUAGUCCACAAAUUUCCUGUUAAAAAGCUGAAGCCAUGCACUUUUUCUUAACCCAAGUGAUAAUAAAUCAACAAUAUUCACAACUUUCUUAAAUUUUUUAAUUGAAAACCAACAGUUUUUUGCAAAUGUAAACUUAGAUAAUUUUGGUCAUGAAUUGGUAAUAUUUGUGGAUCCGUUGUAUAUACUUUGAAUAUAUCUUAAAGGCAAAAUUAUCCCUCUAAUUAAUGAUGGAUUCAUUUACUAAAGCACAGCUACCGUAUUUUUAUGCAAAUAAUGCACACUUUCUGUGUUUGUUUGCCGACCGCGCCCUCCCCCCAUGAGGCUCCCUCACAAGCACAACCAUACCAGUCCUCUUCCACAUGUUGCUGUUAAAAAAAAUUAGCAUAGUGUGCUUACAGAAAUACCUCACGGGGGCCAGCAAACAAACACAGGAGGCACGCAUUAUUUACAUAAAAUAUCGUAUAUGUAUUUUUGAAUACAUAUUAAGACUUUAUAACAUCCAUUUUUAUGACAUUUAUGCAGUUGUAUAGGGAUUAAGCCCUUUUGUAAUAUACAGUGUACCAUGAAGAUCACAGAUGUUGAGGAAUAAAAGCACUUCUUUGCUUUGGCAAUCAUUUUCAGAUCACUUCCUGUGUGUUCAGAUCCUCUGGUAUCAAUACGUAUUAUAGGGUUUUAGAGAUCUGUGGGUCAAAUAAUGUCCCUCAUUACUCACCAUUCCCAGAAAGCUGAGGCUCAGAGUUAACAGAUUAUAAGAUAAGAGGUAAUUCAUUUCCCAUGUUCUAGCAUUGUAAAGGACUUGGACCAUAUUAGUUUCCAUCUCAAGACCUAGAGUUGACAUUUGACCCUCUUGUUUCCAGGUGUUUUCUAUGUUUUAUAUUCUUUCAUCAGAGGAAUCUCUCAGUGUAUUUACUACUGUAUUUACUGCUGAAAACUGUAACAAUUUGAAGAUUUAUAAAAAUGUUAAAACAGUUCAUUAAAGAUAAUAAAAUAAA